GCAAAGUAUAUAAUUUUCCUUUUUCUUUGGGAAGGAAUCACAAGGAGAGGCUUCAGUAUUAUUUUUAUUUGACUGAACUUUCUUCCUCCCCUUCUCUGCCCAAUCUUUUCAUUUACAGCCAGCCCAGCCAGCCAGCCAUCAUAUCCCCAUCGCCCACUUCUCUCUCAAUCUCUCCCCAUCUGUCUUUCUUUCUUCCUAUCUAUCUUUCUUCAUCCUCCUCAGCAGCAGCAACAACUUAAGUUCACGUUUCAUAUAUAGCUAAUAGUAGUUUAAGUUUAGCUAGCACACGUACCAGCUGCUGGUUUGGAUUGGUGGAGUAGUUAGGUUAGGUUAGGUAGGUGGGAGUAUGGGAAGAUCGCCAUGCUGCGACAAAGUAGGGUUGAAGAAAGGGCCAUGGACGCCUGAAGAGGAUCAGAUGCUCUUGGCUUACAUCGAGGAGCACGGCCAUGGUAGCUGGCGAGCCUUGCCUUCCAAAGCAGGUCUACAACGGUGUGGGAAGAGCUGCAGGCUUCGAUGGACAAACUAUCUGAGGCCAGAUAUCAAAAGGGGUAAGUUCAGUUUGCAGGAAGAACAAACCAUCAUUCAACUCCAUGCCCUCUUGGGUAACAGGUGGUCGGCCAUCGCGACGCACCUGCAGAAGAGAACGGACAACGAGAUAAAGAACUACUGGAACACCCACCUGAAAAAGCGGCUGACCAAGAUGGGGAUCGACCCGGUGACUCACAAGCCGAAGAACGACGCCCUCCUCACCACCCAAGCCGGCUCCAACUACUCCAGCUCCAAGAGCGCCGCCAACCUCAGCCACAUGGCUCAGUGGGAGAGCGCCCGACUCGAGGCCGAAGCCCGCCUCGUCCGCCAGUCCAAGCUCCGCUCCCACUCCUUGCUCGCCACCUUGGCAGCAGCCGGAUCCAGCUCAGCAACCGCCACGUCACUCAAGUCCUGGUCCCCUAGCAGCGGUAUCAACGUCCACGUGGACCUCGAGUCUCCCACGUCAACUCUCUCCACCGCAUUGCCGGGGAAUCCGAUCAGUAGUAGUGAUCAUCAUGAAGACGAUCGUUCUCCGUCAAUCCCGCACAUGUUCGAGUUCAUCAAGGACGUGUCUCAUCGUCAGCAUGACGAUGAGAGUGAUGACUGGACAGUGUGCCAGCUGGCAGCUGAUCACCAUUCGUCAAUAAAUGAUCAUCAUAAUCAUCACAUUAAUGCUGUUGCUAGUGGAGGUACGAUUUCCUGCGGCAGCUCCAUGGAAGCGGGGGGGUGGACUCUCAAUAAUAAAGAGAGUAGUAAUGAUGACGUGGCGGAGGAGGGUUUCAUUAGUCUUUUGCUGUGUGACUCGUCGACGGCGGGAGGUGGGGAUCAUCAAGAGCACGGAUGCAGCAGCGAGGUUAAUAAUAACUCGGAGGUUAGUGGUGGUGGUGGUAGUGGUAAUGGUAAGAAUAGUAGUAAUAAGGAUUCGUCGGAGAACAACAGCGGGAGUACGACGACGACGACGACGAAUGAGCAUGAGUAUUACGAGGACAAGAAUUACUGGAAUAGUAUUUUGAAUUUGGUCGACACUUCUUCUCCGUCUCCUGAUGGCGAUACUCCCAUUUUUUAAGCUAGGUUAUCAAUCGCCAUUGUUAUAACUAGCUAUUUCGUGUUCCAUGAUUUCCAAGGUUUAAAUUUCGUUGUCCAUUAUUGUCUCCAUUGUUGUUGAUUGGAUGGGGUGAGUGAGUGAGUGAGAUAUUUCGUGGAGGUGUAGUGUAUGCACGGCUGCUGGUACUGUGUAAUAAUUAAUCAGCUACCCACAAUCACUAUUCACUAUUACCGUUUUUAAUAUUGGACCACUAUGAUUAAUCAAUUAAUUUGGUGGUCCUAAUUUUUUAA